AUGGACGUUGUGAAACAUACUUUUAAUGACUUCAUCGAAGAAACGUUAAUAAGGUUUAAAUAUUACCAUCUUCAAUGUGAAGAAGCAUGGUUGGAAGAAGUGAACGCAAAUAAUUCUAUGGACAGUGAAACAGAAGCCCACGUGGAUCAAUACAAACAAUUUAUGGAAGAAAGAAUUGAAGCCUACAAAAGUGACAGCGACGGCCUCCGCAUCGUCUUAGACAGAUUGCUCGAAUCCCUUUUUGUUUCCACGCGCCUCAAUUGCAAUUUAACAGGACAAGUCGAAGAAGUCAUUCAAGGAAUAAACGCCAGAACGUUCCUUCCUCCUGUCCUCAAAAAAGUUGGCAAGAGGACGAAGAGUUUAGAGUCAAGAACAUCGAAAGUUUUUAAAGAUCACAAACCCAAACAAAAACGAGAUAGUGCAAAGAAAGUUUCUACCCCAGAUCCGGCUGAAGGUCCGAAAGUUCCUCCUGUCUUUCGGUUGAGCAUUGAUCAAGGUGAAAAAAUCGAGGAAAUUGUUAAAAAGCAAAUAAAAAAUAUCCGCACUGCAACUUCAGUAGAUGGACAGUUUGAAGAAAGCACUACAGGUGUCCCUGAGUACGCAUCAAUGGAAGGAGAAUGUGAAGAAUCAGACAUGCUUCCCUGCAACGUCGCUGCACUGCUCUCAAUGUCGGAGGAGGAGUUCGAGGAUUAUGUGGCAAAAUGUAAUCUGAUGGCAUCGAAGUAUGUCACAUCGUGCAAAGAAGAAGGAAAAAUAUGGUUUAAACUAUUCAAGAAACAUGCAGCGAAAGUAAAAGAACUCUAUACUGUACGAUAUGAUUGAAAUGA